GAUCAUCGCAAGCCGGUUUUAUCAGUCAAGUUCAUUUUAAAUCACUAGUUGGAGUUCACUUUACUCAGUCGGAUUUAAUUGUAAAUUAAUUUUUUUUUUUUAUAUCUAAGUCAGAGAAAUGGAUUCCUUUAAAAAAGGAUGGUUUAGUGAAUACAAUGAUCUAUGGCCUGGUAUAAGCGUUUCUUUUGAAGUUACGAAAAUUUUACAUCAUGAAAAGUCACAGUUUCAAGAUAUUUUAUUAAUUGAAACAAAAUCACAUGGAAAAGUUUUAGUACUUGACGGAAUAAUACAAUGCUCUCAAAAUGAUGAAUUUUCAUACCAAGAAAUGAUAUCGUUUUUACCAUUAUGCAGUCACCCGAACCCUAAAAAUGUAUUAAUUGUCGGCGGUGGAGACGGCGGGGUAGCAAGAGAAGUAGUAAAACAUCCUGAUGUCCAGCAUGUAACCCAAGUAGAAAUAGACGGUCGUGUAUUAGAUUUGUCCCGUAAAUAUUUACCACAAAUGGCCUGCGGGUUGGAUCAUCCCAAAGUGACUCUUUAUGUUGGUGAUGGGUUCGAAUUCAUGAAAAAUCACUCGCAGCAAUUCGAUGUCAUCAUCACUGACAGCAGCGAUCCAGUUGGACCAGCAGAGUGUUUAUUUAAAGAGUCAUACUUUGCGUUGAUGAAAACGGCUCUGAAACCCGGCGGAAUUGUUUGCAGUCAAGCGGGAACUGUUUGGUCUAAUGACAGACAAGUGGAACAGACAUUAGGACACUGCAGAUCUGUUUUUCCAGUUGCUGUUUAUGGGACUACAUCAGUACCAACUUACCCCACUGGACAAAUAGGAUUUGUAAUUGGCAGUCUUAAUCCAAAAACAAAAUUUCAAGAGCCAAUUAAAAUAUUCAGUGAAAAAGAAUUAGAUGACAUGGAUAUUAAAUAUUAUGAUGAUAAAAUUCAUAGAUCUUCAUUUGUACUGCCGAGAUUUGCCGCCAAAGCUUUAAAUCAAUCAUUAGGAAAAUAAUUAACAGGAUUUUAAAUAUUUAAAUAUAUAAAUAAUGAUUAUUUUAAAAAUUUAUUAUUUGCUUUAUUGUUUUUUCAUCUUGACAUUAAAUUUAUAAUUUAAAAGAUAUAAUAUAUGUAUAAUAAUAAUAUAUAUAUUUAUAAUUAUUGAAGGUAAAAUGUUUAUAAUAAAAAUAUAUGUAUAAUAAUUAAUAAAAAAAAUUAUAAUUAAUAAAAUAUUAAACAUUCCAGAAA